CGUCUGCGUGCCUUAGCCCUCUACAAGGAGCUCCAUAGACUCGGAAGAGAUUACCCUGAUCCUUCGUACAAUUUUCAUUCCAAGUUACGGAGUCUCUACGAGAGAAACAGAAACCUUACAGAUCCAGAUGAGAUUGAGAAAGCGCUGAGAUUGGCUGAGUUCAUCAAGAAAGGU